AUGGAGGCGUUGCGGAAGGAGAUUCAUGACCUGACGGCUCUCAUUGAGUCAAUCAAUUCGAUUGGAGAUUAUCGUAUGACGCAAAAGAAAGAAGCAUGCAAUCUCAUCAUGCGAUUAAAGCUCCUGGUGCCACUCCUCGAGGAGAUGAAGGAUUUAGAGUCUGAGUUUGCGGAAUCAGCCAUUUCUUCUUUAUCUAAUUUGAACAAGGCGAUUCUCGCUGCCAAGGCAUUGUUGAAGACUUGUCACGAAGGAAGCAAAAUUUAUCUGGCAUUGGAAAGCGAGAAUGUCUUGCUCAAAUUCCACCAUGUUUAUGAGCAAUUAAUUCAGGCUCUAGAUGACAUGCCAUACAGUGCAAUUGGUAUUUCUGAAGAAGUCAAAGAACAGAUUAAAUUGAUGCAUAUACAUCUUAGAAAGGCAAAACGAACAGAUACUACUCAAGACAUGGAACUAACAAUGGACAUAAUGGUGGUUCUAUCAACAAUAGAUAACAGGAAUGUAGACAGAGCCAGCAUAGAGAGGCUGGCAAACAAGCUUGUAUUACAUGGAACUGAGGAUCUUAGAAUAGAAACAUUAGCUGUUAAAAAUCUUAUAGAAGAAAGAGGCCAAAACACAGAAGGAAACCAGCAAAUCUUAAAAAUUCUUAGAAAUUUAAAACAGGUUGCAGGAAUGGAGGAAGAAACAACCAUGGUUGAUAUUCCUUCCUCCUGUGAAACACUUUCCAAGUCUGCAUCCUUGCAAAUCCCUAACGAAUUUCUCUGCCCCAUCUCGUUAGAGAUCAUGAUGGAUCCUGUUAUUGUGGCAACUGGACAGACAUAUGAACGAGAAAGUAUACAGAAAUGGUUAGACACCGAUCAUAAAACAUGUCCCAAAACAGGGCUAGUUCUGGCGCACCAAUUUCUGGUCCCAAACUUUGCCCUGAAGAACAUAAUUUCACAGUGGUGUAAGAAGAAAAAUUAUAAUUUCCCCGAAAAGGUGACCACUAGCUCCGGCUCUCUGAUAGAACAAAGCGCUGAAAUCGUAUCUCUUGUCCGAAAGUUAUCCUCUACCCAAUUGGAAGUACAGAGGAAGGCCGUGACCGAAAUCAGAAUGAUUUCAAAAGAAAGUCCCGAAAAAAGAAUUUCCAUCGCACAUAGUGGAGGAAUCCCGCCAUUAGUUCAGCUUUUGUAUUAUCCAGAUUCAACAAUCCAAGAGAACGCCGUGACUACACUUUUGAAUCUCUCCAUAGAAGAAUCCAACAAGAAGCUUAUAUCAGAAGAAGAACCUUUUGCAGGCAUUAUAGAGAUCCUGCAGAACGGAUCCAUUUGUGCAAAGGAGAAUUCUGCUGCAGCUAUAUUCAGUUUGUCAAUGCUGGACGAGAAUAAAGCAAAGAUUGGAUCUUUAAACGGGAUUCCUCCAUUGGUUGAUUUAUUGCAGAAUGGAACAAUUCGGGGAAAGAAAGAUGCUGCCACGGCUCUAUUUAACUUGUCUCUUAAUCGAGCAAAUAGGGGGAGGGCAAUUGAGGUUGGGAUAAUUUCCACUUUAUUGAAAUUUCUGGAGGAAAAGAAUAUAGAUAUGGUUAAUGAGACUCUUUCGUUGUUGCUUAUUCUGGCAUCGAACGUGGAUGGGAGACAAGAGAUGGGAAAGUGUUAUGUUAUUAGAAUGCUUGUUAAUCUGAUUGAGGAAGGAACUAGAAAGAACAAGGAAUGUGCUGCUGCUCUUCUUUUGGAGUUGGGUAAUAAGGACCCCAAUCACCUAAUGAUCGCGGUUCGGAAUGGCGUUUAUGAACAUCUGGUUGACCUUUCGUGUAAUGGAAGUAGUAGAGGACAAAGGAAAGCCAAUUCACUUAUGGAUCUCAUGAAAAGUUAUAAACUAAUUCCUUAA